AUGAUGGCUUUAAUGGUUUCAUCUUUACAUUCUUUACCGUCUGAUAAGAUGAUAUCAGAGUCCUCUUCCAUUUCUUCUGCACCUGCAUUGCAGCCAAAUCCACCACUGUCUCCAGAUGUUUCUCCUCUUUUGCCUUCUCCUGGUGGGGUGGUGCCUUCUCCCACUGGAUCAUCUUUACCAACCAUUCCCUCUGAUUCUACUCAGAAUCCCGACAUGUCAAAACCCGUUGGACCGGAUACCGCAUUUGCACCUUCUGGGCUGUUGCAGGCAACCUCGACAGAGCCGAGAUUACUAGUAACAGGGUUGAAACUUGGAACUUUUGUUGGAUUCUUGGCUUAUUGGUUAUUUCUGGUUUUUAUGAUCUGA